AUGUUUGCAAAGUGCUUUCAAUUUAUCUUCAUCCUUGGGCUGGUGGCCUCCACCCUUGGCAAUGCUGUAAUAAACAGGGAUGGACUCUUUACCAAAAUUGGCAAUGGUUACUAUUUUAUCGCCCAGGAAAAUUACGUUAAUUGGUUUAAAGCCUAUGAAAAUUGUCGACGAAUGGGUUCUGAGCUCAUCACAAUCGAUACAAUUGAAGAAUGGCACGCGAUUAAUAAGUAUCUGAACGAUAUGAAUAUUAUGAAGCAAUAUUGGACUUCGGGCAAUGAUAUUGCCGAGACUGGAAAACAUGUGUGGUUCUCGAAUGGAGAACCCAUUAACCUGGAUAUUUGGUUUCCCGGACAGCCAGAUAAUUAUAAUAAUGGUGAGCACUGUGAUCAGUUGGGUUUUGGUAACGAGGAAACUGUCCCAGCAUUGAAUGACAUUGCUUGCAAUAUGCCAUUUGCCUAUAUUUGUGAAGCAUCCCCACUUCAUGCACCACAAGUUAUAUAAACUCUGUCAGGAAAAACCCUCUUAAGGGGGGGAAUAUAUCAUCCUGAAAGAGCAAUUUGUAUUAAAAAUCUAUAAAAAAA